CUAAUAUUUCGAUUCAGAAGAAAACGUAUCUGUAAUGUCAUUAGUUAAUUAUGGAAGCAGUGAUGAAUCAAGUGGUAAUGAGGAAGAUAGUUCACACGUUGAAAAUGUGUCUAGGAGGUCUAGGCCUAGGCCCAUACCCGCACGGGAUAGUGAGGUUCAUGUGGAACACGGCACAUCUCCUCCGACUGCGAAUCCAUGGUCCAUACUCAUUGACACUUCAUCAGGCCUAGGCCUAGAUAUGGUAGUAGGGCCUGUGGCUAGAAAUGAAACAAGAACCGUUGUGGGAGGUGAUCCGACACGAAAACGGUCUUUGUUGUCGGGUUUACCUCCACCUAAAUCAUCAAAACCAAGAAAAGGUCUAGAAUUAUCAGAAAAUAAGAAUGAUCCAGGAACUAAGAAUGUGACAGAGGUAGAUUCAUCAACAAACAUAAAAAGAUCGUUUCUGAAUCUACCCCCACCAAAAAAGAAAAGCCAAACAGUGAAGAUCACUCUUCCAACUUUACCUGAUCCUGGGUCUGAUGAAGAUGAUGAACCAGUUGCAAAGAAACCAGCUCCAAGUAAGGGAGUUUCAGGACUUCUCUCCAUGUUGCCUAAACCCAAGAGUGCGAUGAGCAGUAGGAUUCUUGUGCCACACACAGUGUCAAGGAAACCGCCACCACAGAAACUUAAACCACAAAUAAAACCUUCACCGAAAACAAACAGCACCUCAGUUGCUAGUGCCAUUAGUGUUGAUUAUGGCAGUGAUGAUAAUGACGACGAUGAAGGCAGUAGUUUCUUUUCGCUCGGAGCAUCAAGUUUGCUGCCAGAGGUAUCAUCCAGUAAUAAGUGUAAUGAAAAGCUUGGCAGCAAGACAUCACUGCCAUCACUUCCCCCUACAACUUCAAAUAAAAACUAUCUUAGCGCUGACUCUAGCAACGUUAAAAAAUUACCUAAACCAACUGUAAAUGUUAGCAAUAAUGUCAACAUUCUACCACAAUCAUCAACCAGUUCAUCAAGCUCGUCUUUUGUUUGUUCAAAAGAACCCCCCACUAAUAUUAUUUCAUCCUCGAUAUCAACACGGACUUACGAUGCUUCAACAGCUCGAACAUCAGGUACGGAUGAAAACUCUUACAAUGCUUUAUCGCCAAUGGCCAAUGUUGAACCAGAUAGUAAUUCAUCUAGUAUUACAAACAUUGCUGAUGCUCCACUCAGUUUCAACAAAUCACAUUCCAGUACAAAUUCUGGAUAUGGUCAUGUGACUUCAAGUUACUAUACUAAUUAUGAUUACAGUGGCAAUUAUUACCAGGCAGGUCAAAGUGCAUAUGAAUACAACCAACCAUUUCAGGAUACCAGAGGGUAUCAGGAGUAUGCUGAUAGUACAGAAGUAGGGGGCAUGCAGCAAGAAGUUUUAGAAGAUGUUAAUGAUGAUGAUGAACAGCUUCGAAGAUUCCUAGGCAAGAAUCGGAAUAAAGAUGAUAUAAACAUGAUCAGUAUCAAUGCAGAUGAUCAAACUGCAGGAAGCAAUUCAAGAGAAGCCCUCUUAAAAAGCAUCUCAGAAGAGAAACAGCCAAUGACAUAUUCAAAAAAGAAAAAUUCUGAUUUGCCUUCCUCACAACAACGUAGGAAACACCAGAUUACCUAUCUUGCUUUUCAGGCAAAAGAGAGGGAGUUGGCACUGAAGAAUCAAUGGUCACAAAACAGAAUGACUCGCAAACAAACUCAAGCAAAGUACGGCUUUUGAGUGAAAAUAUUGAGGGAACCAUCUCUCUGAGAAAGCAGUGUUUAAAAAUCGACUCUAGAAGAUGCUGUUCAUUUGCUAGUGUCAGCCUCUAUGGAGAAAGUCUGAACUGGAUAUUCACUUAUUUGUAGGAUUAUCUUGCUGAAGACAGUCUGUAGUUGGAGACCUAAAUAUAGGACAGUAUUUUUACAUUUUGUUGUUACAGAACUUUGAUGGCUAUCGUACUUCCCUCUCGGCGGCUGGACCGCCGAUGAAAUUGAUCUUGUUGAAUUAAUUGCAUGGAUAUGUAAGGUCAGAAAAGAGAGGAGGUUUUACGUAGUUUGUGAAAAUAUACAGUAAAUUCUGUAUUGGAUGACAUGGGGAAAACUCAUGUUGACCAUUUCUGGAAUUUGUAUGUAUGCCAUAUAAAUUGUAUAUUAAAAAUCAAGAUGGAAGGUGGUUUCUGCCUUCUGUGAUCAUCUAAGUUCACAAUGGUAAGUGAGCAAGGCGGAAGGUGGUGUCUGCCUUGUGUGUUCAUCUAGAUUCACAAUGGUAAGCGAGAAGGCUUUAGUUAAGUCCUCAGGUGCUUCUCAAAAACCUUGCUUCUCUGGAAAAUAUUUGUUAGUAAAUAUGAUUAUUCAUGUUUUUUGCAGAGUUGUCUUUUUUGUUUAAUUAGAAAUGUGAAUGAUCAUCUUGUGAUUAUCAUGAAAACAAAUUCAAAUCUUAAUGAUACAGUAAUUCGAAUACCGUAUUUAUUUGAAUAAAUGCCUGGGCAUUAUUGUUGAAAAUGGGGUUCUGAGGGGUGUUUAUUCGAGGGAGGUUUUUAUUAGAGAAAGGUGUUUAUUUUUUUGUUUGUGUAAAAUGGAUAUGUAUUACUCAAUUACCCUUUUAAAUGCUCUGUAAAUAUGAACUACAACAAAUUUACCUUCAAAAUAUGUUAUUGCAUGAUUCAAAAGACUUUGACAAUUUCAAACAAGGUUAGAGAAGAAGUAAUUUGUAUUUGAGUAGAAUGUUAAUAGAAUUUGUUGAGAAUAACGUUGCUUCCAUUAGUUUGUUUACAGUUAUUUAAAGAGGCCUUUAUUUGAGGGGAAAAAUACGCACCCUGGGUUGUUAUUCAAGGAAGGCGUUUAUUCUAAAUGAGGCUCUUGAGAGGGUGUUUUUAUUUGAAUAAAUACGGUAUUCUAAUUGUCAUGAUCAUAAUGAUACUACUGUAUAAUAUAAAAUUAACGCCAAUGAAAAAAUUGAUGUCUCCCAAGUACAUUAUUAUUAUUUAUGCUUUAGUUUAUAAACUAUUAUUAUUUUAGUGGUUAUUCUUAAUAAUGUACUAUUAAAAUAAUAAGUACUGUACAGUACAGUAUUUAUUUGCAGAGAAUUUUAGAUAUUGAAUACUGUAGCACAUUUUUACAUCAAAGGUUCAUUAAAUAAAACAAAA